GUUGGAGAAUGAGUGUGCGACAUGUUUUAACUUGAAAAGACGACGUGGCUAACAUGCUAAAGACGUCUGUGCAUAGCCUUUCAGAGCAGAAGGGCGUUUGGAUGGUAUUUGACUUCAUUUGUCUCAGAACCUUUCUUUGGUUGCGGUUGCCCACGGAAGACUAUUAAAGUGGCCCCAGCGUGUCGCAGCCGUCACGUGUGUUUUGGAAAGUUUACGCGGAUGGAGGAGAGCAGGGGUGUCGCAGUUUUUAAAUGCGAGUCAGAAGCAAAACUACUUUAACGUAGCGACUUACUGAAUUUACACAUGUCGAUCAACUCCCUGCUAUUUACAACUGUUAGCUUAGCUUAACACUCGUCAGCUUUGCGUAACGUUACUCGUCUGUCUGUGGCUAACAUUAGCUAGCGCUGCAGACGGGGGUGUCGCAUGAGGAUUACACCGGGUUUGUUUUGAGUUUGGAUCCUCCACGUUCAUUAGUGGCGUUUGAAAAUGGUGUUUUUCACCUGCAACGCAUGCGGUGAAUCACUGAAGAAAGCUCAGGUUGAUAAACAUGUGAACAUGUGCCGGGGCUGCCAGGUCCUGUCCUGCAUCGACUGUGGAAAAGAUUUCUGGGGCGAUGACUACAAGAACCACCUGAAGUGCAUCAGUGAGGAUCAGAAGUAUGGAGGCAAAGGCUACGAGGCAAAGGCAAACAAAGGAGAUGUGAAGCAGCAGCAGUGGAUUCAGAAAGUCAACGAGGCCAUGGACAAACCCGGGGUCAGUGCGAAGCUGAAGGACGUGCUCAAACAAGUGAGCAUGUACGACAAUGUCCCAAGAAAGAAGGCCAAGUUUCAGAACUGGAUGAGAAACAGUCUUAAAAUAACCAACACCAGCCUUCAUGAUGAAGUGUGGAACAUCCUCGCUGCAGCCGACAGUGCUCCAGAGGUCCCCCAGCAGACAGUGCCUGAAGCCAAGGUGCAUACUAACGGGAAUGAAGAGCAGAAUGGACCGCCAGGUGAUGAGAAGAAGAAGAAGCUCAACAAAAGGGAGCGUAAAGAGGCCCGUCAGCAGAAGAACGGGAAAUCUGCAAAGAACAUAGACAAAACAGACGCACAAGAAGGAGAGGGAGAGCAGACGGGCAAAAUUAAGAAAAAGGACAAAAAGAGAAAGCGCAGCAGCGAAGAGGAUAUAGAUGAAGAGCAAAACGGGCACAAUGCUGAAAAUGAGACAUCCAACAAGAAAAAAAAGAUUGUUGAACCAGAAGAGUCUGCUGACAUAGUGUCAGAUGACACUGAGGACCAAACAGCUUCCAAAGGCAAAUUCAACUGGAAGGGGAAUAUCAAGGCUGUGCUGAGAGACUCGACUGACCAGGAACUUCCAGUGAAGAAACUCAGGAAGAAGAUUUUGGCUGCCUACUAUUCGUUCACUGCUGAUGGAAAUUUUCGAACUGAAGAGGAGGUUCUAGCCAUAUUCAACAAGAAGAUCAAAAACAAUCCCAAGUUUAGAGUUUUGAAAGACAGAGUUAAACUAAUAAAUUAGACUUGUGUAUCUCACACCUCUGGCAUGAAAUGUAUGUUGUUCAUAGACUUUUAAAAUUUAAAAGAGUUUCUUGUCUGUCAUCCUCCUGUGGAUGUUUUUAUACAGAUGGCAUAAUCUUGAAGAUUAAACCAUUUUAUAAGUGA